AUACAGAGUACAUUUCUUUUGGUUAUUCUUGCAAUUGACAGGUAUCUCGCGCUUAGCAGCUGCUGAUGACUGAUCUGCUCGCGCCGGAAUCAUUCGUUGUUACAUCGCAGGCACAGUCAACUUUUUCCGCCUACCACGAUUGGUACUCCCGCAUAGCAACGGUUUGAUAUAUCCGGCCGCCCACCCACAACCUCAUCCCCGCCAAACCCCCCGGUGCUGCCUUAUAAGCGCUACAAUAUAAAUGCUUCUUCUCCGUCAUUCUUGCCGCCUUGCUUCCACAACUACAAGCUCUAUACGGCCUCUACUACCAUCACUAAGCCGCUUGAUUAAACCGACAACGAGAUUAUUUACUUCAUCUACUGCACUUCGUUCUGGAGACAUGGGCCCUGUCGAUACUUCGCAGCGCCUUGCCCGCUUGAGGGAGUUGAUGCAGGAGAGGAAGGUUGAUGUCUACAUUGUUCCUUCUGAGGAUAGCCACCAGUCCGAAUACAUUGCCCCUUGCGAUGGCCGCCGCGAAUUCAUUUCGGGCUUUACUGGCUCUGCGGGAUGUGCCAUCGUUUCGAUGAGCAAAGCAGCGCUAUCUACCGACGGACGUUACUUCAACCAGGCAGCAAAGCAGCUAGAUAAUAAUUGGAUGCUUCUGAAGAGGGGCUUCGAGAAUAUGCCUACUUGGCAGGAAUGGACUGCGGAACAAGCUGAGGGCGGCAAGGUCGUUGGAGUCGACCCAUCACUCAUCACAGCCUCCGAGGCGCGCAGCCUUUCAGAGACAAUCGAAAAAAGCGGUGGGUCCUUGCAAGGCGUGCAGGAGAAUCUAAUUGACCUUGUUUGGGGCAAGGAGCGCCCAGCCAGACCAAGCGAAAAAGUUGCUCUCCAUCCUAUCGAAUUUGCAGGGAAGUCAUUUGAGGAGAAGAUCAGUGACCUACGAAAGGAGCUCCAGAAGAAGAAAAGCGCGGGAUUUGUCAUCUCGAUGCUUGACGAAAUCGCCUGGUUGUUCAACCUUCGAGGAAAUGACAUCCCGUACAACCCAGUGUUUUUUGCUUAUGCCAUAAUUACACCGACGACUGCUGAUUUGUACAUUGAUGACGAGAAGUUACCUGCCGAGGUGAAGAAAUAUCUGGGUGAUCAAGUUUCUGUGAAGCCAUACGGUUCUAUUUUCGAAGAUGCCAAAGCCUUGAGCCAAUCUGCUCAAAAGAAAAGCGAUGGUGACGCUUCAACCAGCCCAUCUGAGAAGUUCCUUAUUUCGACGAAGGCAUCAUGGUCGCUCAGUCUUGCUCUAGGAGGUGAGAAGAAUGUGGAAGAAGUCCGCAGUCCGAUCACUGAUGCCAAGGCAAUCAAAAAUGAAGCUGAGCUGGAAGGAAUGAGAGCUUGCCACAUUCGCGACGGCGCAGCACUCACAGAAUAUUUCGCCUGGCUCGAAAACGAAUUGGUCAACAAGAAGACAGUUCUUAACGAGGUAGAUGGUUCCGACAAGCUCGAACAAAUCCGAUCAAAGCAUAAGCAUUUCGUCGGACUUUCCUUUGACACCAUCUCGUCUACUGGUCCAAAUGCCGCAGUCAUUCAUUACAAGGCCGAACGAGAUACUUGCUCUAUUAUCGAUCCGAAAGCCGUGUAUCUAUGUGACUCAGGUGCCCAAUAUUUGGAUGGCACUACCGAUACAACCCGCACUCUCCAUUUCGGCGAACCGACAGAGAUGGAGAGAAAGGCCUACACGCUUGUUCUCAAGGGCCUGAUUAGCAUUGAUACUGCUGUAUUCCCUAAAGGAACAACUGGAUUCGCUCUAGAUGCUUUUGCACGACAACAUCUGUGGAAAGAAGGCCUAGACUAUCUACAUGGUACCGGUCAUGGCGUAGGGUCAUAUCUGAAUGUCCACGAAGGUCCGAUCGGACUAGGCACUCGAGUUCAGUAUGCUGAGGUUGCCAUUACCCCAGGAAACGUGAUAUCUGACGAGCCUGGCUUCUAUGAAGAUGGAGUCUUCGGCAUUCGCAUCGAAAACAUUAUCAUUGCCAAGGAGGUGAAAACAACGCAUGGCUUUGGAGAGAAACCCUGGUUAGGCUUUGAGCAUGUUACUAUGACACCAUUGUGCCAAAAAUUGAUCAACCCAAGCCUGCUCACUGACGGAGAGAAGAAAUGGGUGAACGACUACCACAGUAAAGUUUGGGAGAAGACUAGCAGCUAUUUCGAGAACGAUGAGCUGACGAGAAACUGGCUUAAGAGGGAGACUCAACCUAUCUGAAUGAAUUGACAAAUUCAUGGAUGGAAUGUUAGAUAGGCUUGAUUCUUAUUCGGAGUACCACCACGUGUGGAGGGGUAUUGGCGCAUGGCAAUGUGUCAAUGUUUCCCAUAUUUGUAUAAAUUCAAUAUUCCUAUAGUAUUUAUGGUGGCUAUCGGUAUUGUUGAUGUACCAUUUAGUAUGAUCGUUGUGAGUUUGUGAUAGAUUUACGCGCGCACGGCGUAUACAUUAGAGAAUCCAUACAAUGCUGCUGACGUCGUAUUUACAUGUAUUGUAUUCGUUCGUAUGUUUUACAGAUAAGCCAGGUCCAAUAAUGACCAGAAAAGGUACCUUACAUAUUUAAAUGCUAAUUCAU